UACAGAGUACGGGAUUGCGGCUAUAUCAAUACGUACGGAGUAUGCUCCAACAUUACGAGCCUCAGCGCCUGAAGACGGCCCAAAUUCGUGAUGAAUUCUUCGAGUCUAAUGGCUUCACAGAACAUUCUGGAGCUUGUUGCAUCUAAUGAGCCUUUGUUGAAUGGAAUUACCGACUUCGCUGGAGGACUUCUCUUUGAUUUUCUUUUCAAGGAUCCCCAAAUGCGCACUGUACGUUCUGAACCGGUUGUAUUAUUCUCUGAUGAUAGACUUGGUCGUGGAACCGUCAUCAUUCAAGUGGAAUGCACUUAUUAUCACUAUUGUCCGAGCAAAUAUUCUUGGGAUACAGCGACAAGUCUGCACAUCCAUUUGGAAUAUACACGGGGCAUGAACUACUUGCCUACGAUUUAUCAGAAUUCUGAUAUCAAGUUCCGUCAACAAGCUAGUCUCAAAGAGAAGUUCGACGAUGGUUAUCAGAAGUGUCUCCUGCGAUUCUCGAUCCAGGAUGAAUUGCAACCGCUGAUGGAUUUGAAGUCCUCGAAGGAAUAUGCACAAGUUUUCUAUGAUGUCGUUCAGUGUCAUCACUGGGGUUGGAAAUAUCCUCGAAUUCUUCAUCGCGAUAUCAGUAUUGGUAAUAUCAUGGUUCGCGAAAAGGACAGGCAGAAAUACGGAGUUUUGAUUGACUGGGAUCUUGUGAUUUGGUUGGAUGAGCGGAAAGAAGGCUCGACAUCCAAGUUUCGAAUGGGCACCAAACCGUACAUGGCACAUGAACAACACUCAUCUGACUGGCAAGGUCCACAUCGGUUCCGCCACGAUUUGGAGUCUGUCUUCUACGUUAUUCUCUUACUGGUUUCCCUUUAUUCCAGUCCGACCGAGAAGGUCCGUUUUCCUUCUACCGGAGAUCAUCGUUAUGAGAAGUGGCAUGAGCAGGCCCUUCUUCAGCGCCUUCAAUUCAUGGUUGAUCGCCCUCCAAUGCUCUCUCUUCUAUGGUUCCAUUGGACUCAAUAUGCACAAUGCGAUGAAAACAGAUGCGAAACAACCACGCAAGCCAGGGAGGCGACCACGCAAGGUGCCAUUUUUUGACGAGGAUACCCUAGGCGGAUAUUUCUCAUACGAGAAAGUGGUUAUGAUCAUGCACCAGUUCAACCAAGAAGAACUCAAGACUUGGGGUCACGAGUGGCAAGCAACACUAGAGGAAGCAUCUUCUGAAGAUUGGGAGUUAGAACAGUUGGAGGAGAACUAAUAACAAUGUUGAUUGUCUUGAAGGCGCAGAACCAUCGAAUAUCUUGCCGGUGAAAGAAAGUGGGACGGAUUUGAUGAUUAUCCUAGUAUGUGUUAUUGUACAUAGGCCCAAAGAUAAUUUUUCUUCAGACUCAGGCAAAUAUUUCUUCCUCG